CACAUCGAGCAGGGAGUCAUUUGCAGCACUGGCAAUUAUCAGGCAGACAAAACACUUCCAUCCUGACAGUACAGCUGCAGGAUCUAAAAUGGCUGACUCUGCGACUGUUUUCCAUGGCACGUUCGUACACUCAACAAAGGAGGAAGAUAUGGUGAUUCACAGCGAUAUGGUCAUUGGAGUGAAGCGGGGCAAGAUCAUAUUCAUCGAACAUGAAACAUCUCUUCCCGAUCUGAUGAGCGAAUACAGUGUGCCACGUGACAACGUUCGACAUCUGGAAAAAUGGCAGUUUCUAAUCCCUGGGUUGGUGGACACCCACAUCCAUGCUCCACAGUACACGUUUGCCGGCUCCAACAUGGAUCUACAGCUGUAUGACUGGCUAAACACCUACACGUACCCAACUGAAGCUAAGUUCAAGGACCUGACCUACGCCAUGGAUGUCUACAGCAAGGUUGUGGAUCGAACUCUGAAGAACGGAACAACGACUGCAUGUUACUAUGCUACAUUACACAGAGAUGCGACAAACCUGCUUCUUCAAGUUAUUGAGAAAGCCGGACAGAGAGCCUAUGUUGGGAAGGUAAACAUGGACUGCCGCACCCCCUCCUUUUACCAGGAAACCACGGAAGAGUCGUUGGAAGAAACAGAGAAAUUUGUCGAAUCAACUAUAUCCAAAAAGAACCCAUUGGUAACACCAAUAAUAACACCAAGAUCCAUUGGGACAAGUUCGGAAGAACUUCGUACGUCCCUUGGCCAACUGAGUCAACAGUAUCAACUCCCAGUUCAGACCCAUGUUCUAGAAACCAGGGGCGACUUGGCCACUUUCGACCAUCUCCACGUAUGGGACAAAGCUGGCCUAUUGAAACACAAUACAGUUUUAGCCCAUUGUGUCUACAUGUCAGAGGUGCAGCUCGACCUACUCAGACAGCGCGGUUCCGGCAUAGCCCACUGUCCCAACUCCAACAUCACGUUAAGAAGCGGUUUUCUUGAUGUAAGGAACGUGCUGGCAAAGGGCUGUAAGAUUGGACUUGCAACAGAUGUUUCUGGCGGAUACAGCAGCUCAAUGUUAGAUGCACUUCGCUCUGCUUCUCAAGUCUCGAAAACUAUCGCAAUACAACGUGAGGAAAGGGGAGAGAACUACAAAAUGCUGUCAUACAAGGAACUAUUUCGCCUUGCAACAUUAGGCGGAAGUGAAGUAAUGGGACUGGAUGAGACAAUAGGGAACUUUCAAGUCGGAAAGGACUUUGACGCCAUCGUGGUCGACCCUCUUGUGGAGAACUCUCCUUUUGAUGUCUUCUCUACCGAUACCUUCUCCGACAUCAUACAAAAGUUCCUCUUCUUAGGUGAUGACCGCAAUAUGAUUGAUGUCUUUGUGGCUGGGACUCGGGCUUCUGGACGCUGAUAUUCGAGGAAGAUUAUACAUAUGCAUGUUCUGUGUUUUAACGUCAACGGGGUCUACGGAAAUAAUUACAAUGUACACUGUACAAGAAAAGGACUAUUAUUACAGACAGCUCGCCCACCAUGCCCCAAUAUGGAAAGGUCUCCACCUGUGACUUUCAGUGUUUAUUCGUACGGAGAUAGCCACAGAUCUAACAUACAGAAGUCAUAAGAGCGACAAAAUCAUUUUCGUAUCAUUGGGACAUCUCUCAUAUCCGACACUAUCAUGAGCAAGCGCCAGUCAACAUUAAAUAUAUGUGAUAGCAGGUGUUUGCGAAAAGGAUUUUAAUGGGCAGUGUGACGGAGGUUUCAUUUUGAUAUACCUAUGCCACAUGUUAGCAGAUUCAAUGUUCUAUUGAUUUUAUAAAAGUCAUUUUCGC